UUUAGGUUCAAAAUCUGUAUUAAUCUCUUUCUAUCUGUAGGCACACACAGGAAUACAAUAUUCAGUAGUAUGCCAAAACAUAGGAGUAUUUCUACAAUGUUACAUAAUCUGUAUUAAUCAUCCUUAAUCAUACUCACCAACUGUUAUCUAUAAUUUGUUUACUUCAAAGGUUCUGCUACAGCAUUCAAUUGAAUUUAACCAAAACAUGCACCCCCAAAAAAUGAUCUCACUACAGUUGAAAAAAACGACCUUAUUAAAAAAAUAAAAAAAAACAGAUCGUAAGUUUAACAAAACGUAAUAAAUAAAGACAAUAAAUACGUGGCAGAAAAAUGAUCUCAUCACUACCCCCAUUUUCAGAUUCAAAAUUCAAUUUCUUUAACUGUUUCACUUCUCAUGUGAUCUAUUUGCUCUCUCUCUCUCUCUUCUCUACACUCUCUACAAAUUAGAACUUUGAUAGCAUUUACUCUGUUUCUUCAACAAAGUUACUUCCUUUUCUUUCGCCGGAGAUCAUGGGCGGCUGCACCUCCAAACCCUCUACCUCCGGCAGACCUGAUAACCCUUUCUUCCCCGGCAACGACUACCCCCUAAUUGACAAUUCUACCCCCACCAAUCCCACCCCUUCCGCCGCAAAGGCCUCUCCUUUCUUCCCCUUCUACACUCCCAGCCCUGCCCGCCACCGCCGCAACAAGAGCCGUGACGUCACCGGCGGAGAGAGCAAGAGCGUGACGAGCACGCCGCUCCGUCAAUUACGGCGCGCGUUCAACCCUCCCUCUCCGGCGAAACACAUCCGCGCGGCGCUACGGCGGAGGAAGGGCAAAAAGGAGGCCGCUUUAUCGGCGGAAGCGACGGAGGCUCCGCCGCAGGAGGAGGGAGAGGAAGUAGGGCUGGACAAAAGGUUUGGUUUUGCAAGGGAUUUGCACAGUAGAGUGGAGUUGGGCGAUGAGAUUGGUCGAGGGCAUUUUGGGUAUACUUGCUCUGCUAAGUUCAGGAAAGGUGAGCUCAAAGGUCAAGUGGUUGCUGUUAAGAUCAUCCCCAAAUCUAAGAUGACAAGUGCAAUAGCUAUAGAAGAUGUGAGAAGGGAAGUGAAGAUUCUACAGGCUUUAUCUGGACAUAAGAAUCUGGUCCAGUUCUAUGAUGCAUUUGAGGACAAUGCUAACGUCUACAUUGCCAUGGAGCUAUGUGAAGGCGGUGAACUACUUGACAGAAUACUAGCAAGGGGAGGGAAGUACUCAGAGGAUGAUGCAAAACCAGUGAUUAUACAAAUACUAAACGUUGUAGCUUUUUGUCAUCUCCACGGAGUUGUUCAUAGAGAUCUUAAACCAGAGAACUUCUUGUACACUUCCAAGGAGGAGAACUCUCAGCUUAAAGCCAUAGACUUUGGCUUAUCAGAUUUUGUCAAACCAGAUGAGAGACUAAACGAUAUAGUUGGAAGUGCAUACUACGUAGCACCUGAAGUUCUACACAGAUCAUACACAACAGAAGCAGAUGUAUGGAGCAUUGGAGUCAUAGCAUACAUUCUACUAUGUGGUAGCCGUCCGUUUUGGGCAAGAACAGAAUCUGGAAUCUUCAGAGCGGUUCUUAAAGCUGACCCUAGUUUCGAUGAAGCUCCUUGGCCCUUCUUGUCCUCUGAAGCUAAAGACUUUGUUAAGCGGUUAUUGUUUAAGGAUCCCAGGAGAAGAAUGUCAGCUUCCCAAGCCUUGAUGCAUCCUUGGAUCCGUGGUUAUGAUAGGGAUAUGAAUGUACCGUUUGAUAUCUUGAUCUUUAGGCAGAUGAAGGCCUACUUGCGGUCUUCUUCAUUGCGCAAAGCUGCUUUGAGGGCAUUGUCCAAGACACUAAUCACUGAUGAGAUUAUUUACCUGAAAACUCAAUUUUCUUUCCUCUCACCGAACAAAGAUGGCUUCAUCACUUUGGGAAGCAUUAGAUCGGCACUCUCAAGCAAUGCCACAGAUGAAAUGAAGGAGACUCGAAUCCCAGAGUUUCUUGCUUUGCUAAAUGGGCUACAACACAGAGGAAUGGACUUUGAAGAGUUUUGUGCAGCGGCAAUAAACGUUCAUCAGCAUGAGUCGCUUGAUUGUUGGGAGGAGAGCAUUCGUCAUGCUUAUGAGCUGUUUGAAAGGAAUGGAAACAGAGCUAUCGUUAUUGAAGAACUCGCAUCUGAACUUGGGGUUGGACCAGCUAUAACAGUACAUUCGGUUCUACAUGAUUGGAUAAGACACACAGAUGGGAAGCUGAGCUUCUUUGGGUUUGCUAAACUCUUACAUGGUGUCUCUGUUCGGCCCUCGGUUAAAACUACACGGUGAAGAACCAACACACUGACAAAGCCAAAAGAGAGGAUGUCAACAUCUUUACUUUGAUUCUUUGGUUCAGUAGUGAGAAUUGUAAAAGGGAAUAUAAAGAGAAGUUGUACGAAGACUUGUUGUAAUAAAAAUAGUAACCACAGUGACUCUCACUCUCUGUGUGAAGUCAAGAGAAAGAUAAAAGAGGGAAUUUUAUCCACAGUGACUCUCACU